CUGCGGAAGGUAUGCGGGAAGAACUGGGAAUGGGUUAGGCUGUACUGCCUGAAAACCGCCGCCUGGCUGCAGAGGGGCGUCAGUCAGUACAAGGCAGGCAGCGCUGCCGGGCAGGGAGUUUGGACGACAGCGCGUUCGAGUCCCGGCGCUGGCGGUUUUAAUUUUUUUAAUCAAAUAAUUAAAAUUAUUAUUAUUGUAUUGCCCUAUUUCUAAUCGCGGGCAUUGCUAAGAAUUGUCUCCGGCAGUUUUUCUUUUGAGCCGGGUUUUCACUUGUGAAAGUUCUUGCUCUGUGUGCCCCCUUUUUCUUUGCACUGUGGAAGUGAACGGCUGCGAUCAAUCAUGCCCGUCUUCCACACCCGCACGAUCGAGAGUAUCUUGGAGCCGGUGGCGCAGCAGAUCUCCCACCUGGUUAUCAUGCACGAAGAGGGAGAGGUGGAUGGUAAGGCCAUCCCGGAUCUCACCGCUCCAGUAGCCGCUGUGCAAGCCGCCGUCAGUAACCUGGUCCGGGUUGGAAAAGAAACUGUUCAGACAACUGAAGACCAGAUUUUGAAGAGAGACAUGCCACCGGCAUUCAUUAAAGUGGAAAACGCGUGCACGAAACUUGUCCAGGCAGCUCAGAUGCUCCAAACUGAUCCUUAUUCAGUACCUGCUCGUGAUUACCUCAUAGAUGGAUCGAGAGGCAUCCUUUCUGGGACAUCAGAUUUACUUCUGACAUUUGAUGAGGCUGAGGUCCGCAAAAUCAUCCGUGUUUGCAAAGGAAUUCUCGAAUACCUAACUGUGGCAGAGGUGGUAGAGACUAUGGAGGAUCUGGUGACCUACACAAAGAAUCUGGGGCCAGGAAUGACCAAGAUGGCCAAAAUGAUUGAUGAACGACAGCAAGAGCUGACGCACCAGGAACACAGAGUCAUGUUGGUGAAUUCCAUGAAUACUGUAAAGGAACUGCUGCCUGUCCUUAUUUCAGCUAUGAAGAUUUUUGUAACAACUAAAAAUUCCAAAAGUCAAGGAAUAGAAGAGGCCUUGAAAAACCGCAACUUUACGGUGGAGAAGAUGAGUACCGAGAUAAAUGAAAUAAUUCGUGUGUUGCAGCUCACAUCCUGGGAUGAAGAUGCUUGGGCCAGCAAGAAGGACACAGAAGCCAUGAAGAGAGCAUUGGCCUUAAUAGAUUCCAAGAUGAACCAGGCUAAGGGCUGGCUUCGGGAUCCCCACGCUCCAGCAGGAGAUUCUGGUGAACAGGCCAUAAGGCAGAUCCUGGAUGAAGCAGGAAAAGUUGGAGAGCUGUGUGCAGGCAAAGAACGAAGAGAGAUCCUGGGAACCUGUAAAAUGCUAGGCCAAUUAACUGAUCAAGUUGCUGACCUUCGAGCUAGAGGACAAGGUGCUACACCACUGGCCACGCAGAAGGCACAGCAAGUGUCCCAAGGUCUGGAUUUACUCACAGCAAAAGUAGAAAAUGCAGCUCGCAAGCUGGAGGCCAUGACUAACUCGAAGCAGGCAAUUGCGAAAAAAAUUGAUUCUGCUCAGAGCUGGCUAGCAGAUCCUAAUGGGGGCAGUGAAGGAGAAGAACAUAUUCGAGGAAUUAUGGCUGAAGCCAGAAAAAUUGCAGAACUCUGUGAAGACCCCAAAGAGCGAGAUGAUAUUUUGCGGUCCUUAGGAGAAAUCUCUGCUCUGACGGCUAAAUUGUCAGACCUUCGGAAACAUGGGAAAGGGGAUUCUCCAGAAGCCCGUGCAUUAGCCAAACAAAUAGCUACAUCACUUCAGAAUUUGCAGUCUAAAACCAACAGGGCUGUUGCAAACAGCAGGCCUGUCAAGGCAGCUGUUCAUCUGGAGGGAAAGAUUGAGCAAGCUCAGAGAUGGAUAGACAAUCCUACAGUUGAUGACCGUGGAGUAGGUCAGGCUGCAAUCCGAGGACUUGUGGCUGAAGGGCGUCGUCUGGCCAAUGUCAUGAUGGGACCUUAUCGUCAGGACCUGCUUGCCAAAUGUGACCGUGUGGACCAGCUUGCUGCCCAGUUAGCUGAUCUGGCAGCAAGAGGUGAAGGAGAAUCGCCUCAAGCCAGGGCCAUUGCUGCUCAGCUUCAGGACUCGCUAAAGGAUCUGAAAUCAAGAAUGCAGGAAGCGAUGACCCAGGAAGUAUCUGAUGUGUUCAGUGACACCACAACACCAAUUAAACUGCUGGCAGUAGCAGCCACUGCUCCUCCUGAUGCACCUAAUAGGGAUGAGGUGUUCGAUGAAAGGGCCGCCAACUUCGAAAACCAUGCUGCCAGGCUUGGUGCUACGGCAGAAAAGGCAGCUGCAGUUGGAACAGCCAACAAAAGCACUGUGGAAGGCAUACAAGCUACGGUGAAGUCAGCCAGAGAACUCACACCUCAGGUAGUAUCUGCUGCCCGCAUCCUCCUUAAAAACCCUGGAAACCAAGCAGCUUAUGAACACUUUGAGACCAUGAAGAACCAGUGGAUUGACAAUGUAGAAAAAAUGACAGGCCUGGUGGAUGAAGCAAUUGAUACAAAAUCUCUCUUGGAUGCAUCUGAAGAAGCCAUUAAGAAAGACCUGGAUAAAUGCAAAGUAGCAAUGGCCAAUAUCCAACCACAGAUGCUUGUAGCCGGGGCCACCAGCAUUGCUCGGCGAGCCAACCGGAUUUUGUUAGUUGCCAAGAAGGAAGUUGAAAACUCGGAGGAUCCCAAGUUCCGUGAAGCUGUUAAAGCUGCUUCUGAUGACCUGAGCAAAACCAUCUCGCCAAUGGUGAUGGAUGCUAAAGCGGUGGCAGGCAACAUUUCUGAUCCUGGUUUGCAGAAGAACUUCCUGGAUUCUGGAUAUAGGAUUCUAGGAGCUGUAGCCAAAGUCCGAGAAGCCUUCCAGCCCCAGGAACCAGACUUCCCCCCUCCUCCUCCUGACCUUGAGCAACUUCAUCUCACUGAUGAACUUGCUCCUCCAAAGCCACCCCUGCCAGAAGGUGAAGUUCCACCCCCCAGGCCACCUCCCCCUGAAGAGAAGGAUGAAGAGUUCCCAGAGCAGAAGGCUGGAGAGGUGCUUAACCAACCCAUGAUGAUGGCUGCCAGGCAAUUACAUGAUGAAGCUAGAAAGUGGUCCAGCAAGCCUGAUGUGACUGAGGUUAAGGAAGCCCCUGAGGCUGAUGUAGAUGUAGAUCAGGAGGAGGAGGAGGAGGAAGCAGAUGUUGAAUUCACUCUCCCCUCUGACAUUGAAGAUGAUUACGAGCCUGAGCUGCUGUUAAUGCCUACCAACCAGCCUGUUAACCAGCCCAUUCUGGCCGCUGCUCAGUCUCUGCACCGGGAAGCCACCAAGUGGUCUAGUAAGGGUAAUGAUAUCAUUGCUGCCGCCAAGCGGAUGGCCCUUUUGAUGGCCGAGAUGUCCCGCUUGGUGAGAGGUGGCAGUGGAAACAAGCGGGCGCUGAUCCAAUGUGCCAAGGAUAUUGCAAAAGCAUCAGAUGAAGUGACCAGGUUGGCCAAGGAAGUGGCAAAGCAGUGCACAGACAAGCGCAUCAGAACAAACCUCUUGCAGGUGUGUGAACGAAUCCCAACCAUCAGUACCCAGCUCAAAAUCCUCUCCACUGUCAAAGCAACCAUGUUGGGCCGAACAAACAUCAGUGAUGAGGAGUCUGAACAGGCCACUGAGAUGUUGGUCCACAACGCCCAGAACCUGAUGCAGUCAGUCAAGGAAACCGUUCGAGAAGCAGAGGCUGCCUCUAUUAAAAUCAGAACAGAUGCUGGAUUCACUCUACGCUGGGUCAGGAAAACUCCUUGGUAUCAGUAGAGAGCUGUCCCUCCCCAAAGCAUUGUGUCUUUUCUAAAAUACCUUUUGAAGCAGAGAGUUUUGUUAACAGCCAAAAGGUGCUGCAAAGUUUAAAACUAGCCUUCUGAAGCCCCAUUCUAAAGGGCUUUAACAAUGUAUUGAGCUACCUUUGGUAUCUAACCUCACUUUUGUUUUAUUUCUGAAAAACUACUUUCUCUCUUGCCUUUGAGGGGUUUUAAAAUCUGUUUUCAUGAACUCUAUAAUCUCAAACACUUCCCCCCGCCCUGUAUGCACUGUAUAUUCCUGUGGUUUCUAUGUGAGGCAAUAUAAGCGAAUUUCACUUUAGCAUAGGUGGACACUCUGGGUUUGCUUAGCUGUUUAUUGUGAGGGACAAUCAGAAGACACAGUCCAGCAUUUCAUUGUUUUCUUUUCCCUUUUCUGACUCAGUCUAAGCAGGUGUGUUGCUACAUUGAUUUCACUUCCUCCAAAAGCCUUUGUUUGUGAGAGGAAAAGGUUCUCUGAUCAAAAGCUGCUGCUACUUUUUUCUUCUUUUUGCCUUAUAGAGAUAUUAAGCCAUCAAAAUCUGGGAAUCACUUUCCCAUUGCUAUCAGUAGUCAGUUCAACACCUUGUGGUGAUGAAAUGGCUGGAAAAGAGCCCUGAGAGCAUUUGCUUGCUAGUUUCAGGGGUCUUGGGGGAGCAAGGGCAUCCCUUUAGUCAAACCUGAACUACGGACACUAAGACAUUCUGAGUACUUUGGCCUGAAAUCAGGUUGUCUUUGGCUUGCCUUCCCUGUCAUUGUCCUCCUCCUCCUCCUAGCUACUCAGGCCAAGAUGAAAGCAUGUUUUUAUUUUCGGUUAUUUUACUACCCUGCUCUUAUUCUAGCAGUGGAACAGUUGUGGUAUCUAAUCUAGAGAAUAGCCACAGGGAGCUACAGCAGUAGAACAGUAACACACCAUAGUAAAAUCCUGAACACUAGCACUAGGCAUAGACCAGAGAAUUUGAUCCAAUUCAGAGCCAUUUGGAUGGAUUCCAAUAUUGUAUGCAGCCUGUAUUGAAUCAGGCCAAUGCAUUGGAUCAAAACCAGUGUAUCACCUGUAGGAAUUAAUGGAAGAUUGCAGAAAUGUCUGUAAUCUUUUUUAUAUUUGCCAUGAGAUGAGGUGCAUUCCCCUUUUUAUCUUAUCUUGGCUUCUUGAAGGGCAUGGGAGCCCUUUCUGGGAAACCCCCCACCCCAUCAAGUUUUAGGUGGAUAAGUGAUUAGAAGCACUAUACAGGGUUGGUGGGAGGUGCUCUGAAAACAUGUUUUCAGAGGGAAGUGGGAAUUGGCAAAAAUCACACCUCCCCUUUGCAGAGUUGGGGUAUUACUGUUUGAGCUGCUAUGAUUGGAAGGAAAUGGAGACACAGAUCAGUCAAUUUCACCAUCUGGAAGUCUGCAAAGUCCUGCCUCCAUUGGCCAGCUAGAUGUCAGGUCUCCUCCCGUCUCAGCAUAGCCAGCCAGCUGGGAAAAGAUAGUUUGACUAAACAAAAAAUGGGCUGCCCUCUGAUUCUUUGCUUUGAUCAGAUUACAGCCCACAACUUUGCACCUGCACACCCUUCUCACACAUCAGUUCUGAUCGGCUGCAAAGUUGUCCAAUAUCCUGUAUCAAAUCUGAUCCAAUUGCUUUGAUGUAACACAGAGCUCUACUGAAGAGAACCUCAUAAGUGCAAUGCGCUGAAUCCACUGUGAAAUGUAAUGGUCUCUUUGGAAGGGUGCUAAACUAGUGUGCCCUUAUUUUAGCAUGUUUGAAGACUGAGCAGAAAACAGCUGUCUUUUGUCAAGUGUGCUAAGCAGAAAGGUAUAGUAGGCUAGUACACCAGGAACAUCUUUUGCAUAUAAGCUCUGUUGACUUUAAUGAAAGAGCAUGUUUGUCUUUUUGUAGGAACAUAUCCAACACAAGUCAUUAACCUUGCUCCUGAAUUACUUGUGUAUUUGCAAAAAAAAAUAUGUACCAAUGGUGCAAUGCUGCUUUAACGUCAGCUCACUGUUGUGCAACAAUUCUUGCUUAGGAAAUCUAAAAGUGUAUCCGCAAGGUCAAUGGAAGAGCUAGGAAGUUGCACUUGUUUACUUGUUAACAAUGAAGUUCCCUCUGCCUCCUGCAAAUUAAAAAGAGCAAAUUAGAAAUGUGAAAGUUACCAUCUCUCCAGCUUCCAGAAGCAGGGAAGCUUCCUUGCCCACCCUUUCUGACUGUUUGUGCCUGUUGGUUGCCACUGCAUGGUACUCCUUCUUCAUUUAGUCUCUGGCAAGAAGCAGCCACAACCAGAAGCUAAAAGGGAAUGCCACAGCCUUAGCCUGGAUGCCUUGCCCUUGCUUGGUUUGUACAAAUGCCAUAGGUGAUGAGACCCAAGUGGGCCGUCCUACUUUUCUUCGGGAAUGUCUUUUUUAAAAAAACCCCAAUGCAUAGUUCACACACACUCAUGAGCUUUUCAAAUCACAAUUUAAUUGCUUGACUUUGUAUUAAAUGCAAUAUUACUAAUGCCUUUAAUUACAUGAUGGUUUAUGCCAAAGAUUGCUUUUUGUUAAAGAAUGUUUGAGGGGAAGCUCUGAAUCAUAUUUGCCUUGGAUAUUUCUUCAGAAUGUUUGCUAAACUCAGAUCUUUUAUAGAAGUUAAUAUCCUGUACACCUUAUGCAAUGUAUGCUUUCCUGAACACUCUUGUUCAUCAGACCUAAGAUGAAGCAAACUUGAAUGUUGGUUAGGAGCAUUUUGCCACUACUUUUGUUUAUAAACCAGAAAAUUGUGUUGUAUAUGCUAAUAUUUUCAACCUCCUUUGUUCUGUUCAGACAAAAUAAAAAUGCAUUUGUAUAAAAAA